UUCACUAGUCAAUUUGCUUUGGAGCCGUUAGGCUUGUUUAAUUAAUUGAUACUCGGUAUUUCUUUAGUACACUAAAGAUUAUCUAAAGUACCACUAACUUAUUCCACAUUUAAAAUUGUGUUGGUACAUAAAACCAUGGAAAACGAAUCAUUUGAUGAUGAUUUCUCUUCAAAAGACAAAACUAAAUUGGCAAAAGACAUUUCUUCGUAUUGGAUUCAUUGCAAUCGUUGUUAUGAAACAUAUAUUCGCACGCGAAGGCGUAUAUUGUUGUUGGCUUGCAAUCACAUAAUUUGUGAAAAAUGUGUAGCAAUUCCCUCCUUAAAUGUUUUAAAUGGAUCCAAUGAAGUAAACUGCCCCAUUUGCCAUAGAGUACAGCGUUUUCGGGUAUUAUGUAAUAUGAUGCCGGCUCAUACUAAAGAACUGUUUAAUCCUGAACCAUGGCGUGAUCCAACUGAACGAGUUUUGAAAUUUCAGGCAGAUCAACGUAAAAACUUUGAAAAAGGAAUGAUUAAGAAGCAUUCUGAAUUGGAAGAAAUAAGAAAAAAUUGCAAAUUAAUGGAGAUAAAUGCGAAAGAGGGUUAUGAGAAAUUGGAUCAAUUACAACAUGAGCGCAAACAAUUGGAAAGGGAAGUACGCAAUUAUAAGGAUCAGGAAUUGCGAUCAGAAAGUACAAUACACCUUCAACCGACAGAUACUUUCAACAAUGAGUUUUUUGAUCUCAAUACAUUUUCUGGAGCUAAUCGAGAAAGGGCUAAACACCGUUCACACCGUCGACGUCACAGUUUUUCUGAAAAUAUUUCCAACAAUUUCACGCUCAGUCCACAGUAAGCACAUUUUUGAUUGUAUGAUUACAUAUUUGUGAAUCAAUCCUGAAUGAAUUCAAACAUUAUAAUUUUUCUGAUAAUAAAAGAUGAGAAGUGGUGCUCAGACAA